GGGUGUCCAUUGCAUCCACAUUUAUUACUAUUAUUGUCUUACAGAGAAACGGGUGAAAACCUCCCGGGUUUUGGCCAUUCCCACAGCCUGCAUUCCUUUGUUCCCAGGCCUCAUCCUGCAUCCCUUUGGGGGGUCCCAACUGCUUCCCGCUCCCCAUUCCCUUGCAGCGGGUGCCUGUGGAGCUGCCUGCGUCGGCCUGGCCAGCAGCACGUGGAGAGCUGCAGCUCGCUGGCAGCGUGCGAGCACCCGGUACCACGCAGAUGCCAGGCUCCAGUAGCGCACAGGGAACCGGUAGCACAUGGUGGCAUGGCCGCAGCUCACUGGCAGCACACGGGCAGCGGCAGCACACGGGCAGCGAUAGCACAUCGCAGCCGGUAGCAGGCAGAUACCAAGCACCAGUAGUGCGUAGGGAAGCGGCACCACACAGCCAUGGCUGGAGCUCGCUGGUAGCACACGGGCAGUGGUAGCACUCAGAUGCCAAGCACCGGUAGUGCACAGGGAACCGGUAGGACACAGACAUGGCCGGAGCUCACUGGCAGCACACGGGCAGCGAUAGCACAUCGCAGCCGGUAGCAGGCAGAUGCCAAGCUCCGGUAGCGCGUAGGGAAGCGGCAGCACACAGCCAUGGCCGGAGCUCGGCGGCGGCGCGCAGGGUGCCGGGAGCGCGCCGCGGCCUCGAGCAGCCGGGCCCGGGCGGGCGGUGUCGGGGCGGCCGGCGCGGCCCAGGCAGCGCGGGGUGGCCGGUAGCAGCGUGCAGGCAGCCGGGGAUAGCCCGCAAUGUGCAGGCAGCUCGGGAUGGCCGGUAAUGUGCAGGCAGCUGCCCGGCCGGGAUUGGCUGCGGGGAAUGACGCCCAACACAACAAAGGUGGAGUUGGAGAAAUUGCAUUAAAAAAAAUUAAGAGAGAGAGGAGAGAGGAGAGAAAGGGAGCGGAGGGAGGGAAGGAGGAAACUGCCCCUCGCCCGCCCCGCCGGGGGAUCCCCGCCGCCGUGUCCCGGGGCCGCGGGGCGGGCAGGGACCCACCGAAGGGACCCACCGGGUCCCCCCCCCCCCCCCGCCCCGCUCCCGCUCCCUCCCCUUCUUCUUUUUAUCUCCCUUUUUUUUAUGCAAACGCCGGGCGAGGAUUGUUGCACAUUGUUGCAAAAGCAAAGAGCAAUAAAAUAGGCGGCGGAGGCGGCGGGAGCGCGGGGCGGCGGCGCUCGGGGAGCGGCGGACGCUGGCGGCGGACCCCGGCGCGCAGAGCCCGGCUGAUUGGAAGAGCGAACGCAGCGCCAUGGAGGCGGGGGAAAGCGCGAUCGUCUCUGCGGGGACUGGAGCGCGUCCACGCCCGGGGCCAGCGCUGCAGAGCUGGCCGCCGUUCAACCGCCGCUUCCCCGCCCCGGCCCCGCCGAGCGAGCCCCGGCCCCGCCGAGCCGCGGCCCCCCAAAGCCGCGGGCCCGCAGGUACGUGCCUGCGCCGGGGGAGCGGAACGGAGCCGAGCUCAGCCGUGCCGAGCCGUGCCUGCGCCGCCCGGGCUCGCCAUUCGCCGCCGCUCCGCUCCGCCGGCGGGGCUGGAGGAGGCGCUUUGUUCCUGCCCGGGUCCCGCCGCCGCGCACCGGGCUCGAGCUGAGCAGGAGUGAUCUCCGGUAGCCUGCAAGGAGGAUGAACGGCGAAGCCGAGUGCCCUGCAGACCUGGAAAUGACAGCUCCCAAAAACCAAGACCGCUGGUCUCAGGAGGACAUGCUGACUCUGCUGGAGUGCAUGAAGAACAACCUGCCCUCCAACGACGGGAGCAAGUUCAAAACCACCGAGUCCCACCUGGACUGGGAGAAAGUGGCUUUCAAGGACUUCUCGGGGGAAAUGUGCAAGAUGAAGUGGAUGGAGAUUUCUAAUGAGGUGAGGAAGUUCCGGACCCUCACGGAGCUCAUUAUGGACGCUGAAGAGCACGUGAAGAAUCCUUACAAGGGCAAAAAGCUGAAGAAACACCCCGACUUCCCCAAGAAGCCCCUGACUCCCUAUUUCCGCUUCUUCAUGGAGAAGCGGGCUAAAUACGCCAAGCUUCACCCCGAAAUGAGCAACCUGGAUCUCACCAAGAUCCUGUCCAAGAAAUACAAGGAGCUUCCCGAGAAGAAAAAGAUGAAAUACAUCCAGGACUUCCAGCGGGAGAAGCAGGAGUUUGAGAGGAACCUGGCGAGGUUCAGGGAAGAUCACCCGGAUCUCAUCCAGAACGCAAAGAAAUCGGAUGUCCCUGAGAAGCCCAAGACCCCCCAGCAGCUGUGGUACAACCACGAGAAGAAGAUCUACCUGAAAGUGCGUCCAGAUGUGAGUACGGCCACCACGAAGGAGGUGAAAGAGUCGCUGGGCAAGCAGUGGUCUCAACUCUCGGAUAAAAAGAGGCUGAAAUGGAUUCAUAAGGCCCUGGAACAGCGGAAGGAGUACGAGGAGAUCAUGCGGGACUACAUCCAGAAGCACCCAGAGCUGAACAUCAGCGAGGAGGGCAUCACCCGCUCCACCCUCACCAAGGCCGAGCGCCAGCUCAAGGACAAGUUUGAUGGACGACCCACAAAGCCACCUCCGAAUAGCUACUCCCUGUACUGCGCAGAGCUGAUGGCCAACAUGAAAGACGUGCCCAGCACGGAGCGGAUGGUGCUGUGCAGCCAGCAGUGGAAGCUGCUCUCCCAGAAGGAAAAGGACGCUUACCACAAAAAGUGUGACCAGAAAAAGAAAGACUAUGAGGUCGAGCUGCUCCGCUUCCUGGAGAGCCUGCCCGAGGAGGAGCAGCAGCGGGUGCUGGGCGAGGAGAAGAUGCUGGGCAGCAACCGGAAAGGGGCAACGAGUCCUGCAUCCAAGAAAUCCUCCCCAGAGACCGGCAAGGCCAGCUCGGAGAAGCCCAAGCGGCCCAUCUCUGCCAUGUUCAUCUUCUCGGAGGAGAAGCGGAAGCAGCUGCAGGAGGAGCGGCCGGAGCUGUCGGAGAGCGAGCUGACCCGGCUCCUGGCCCGCAUGUGGAACGACCUCUCCGAGAAGAAGAAGGCCAAGUACAAGGCGCGGGAGGCAGCGAUGAAGGCGCAGUCGGAGAAGAAGCACGGUUCGGAUAAGGAGGAGCGCGGGAAGCUGCCCGAGUCUCCCAAAACAGCCGAGGAAAUCUGGCAGCAGAGCGUCAUCGGGGACUACCUGGCUCGUUUCAAGAACGACCGGGGAAAGGCGCUGAAGGCCAUGGAGGCCACUUGGAACAACAUGGAGAAGAAGGAGAAGCUGAUGUGGAUCAAGAAGGCAGCGGAGGAUCAGAAGCGAUAUGAGAGGGAGCUGAGCGAGAUGCGGGCUCCUCCGUGCUCCACCAACUCUGCCAAGAAAGUGAAGUUCCAGGGAGAGCCGAAGAAACCCCCCAUGAACGGUUACCAGAAGUUCUCCCAGGAGCUGCUGUCCAACGGGGAGCUGAACCACCUCCCGCUGAAGGAGCGCAUGGUGGAGAUCGGCAGCCGCUGGCAGCGCAUCUCCCAGGGCCAGAAGGACCACUACAAAAAGCUGGCGGAGGAGCAGCAGAAGCAGUACAAGGUGCACCUUGAGAUCUGGCUCAAGAGCCUCUCGCCCCAGGAGCGCGCUGCCUACAAGGAACACAUUUCUAAUAAACGCAAGAGCAUAGGAAAGAUCCGGGGCCCCAACCCCAAGAUGAAGCCAACGAUGCAGUCCAAGUCGGAAUCGGAAGAUGACGAUGAGGAGGAAGAGGAGGAGGAAGAUGACGAUGAAGAUGAGGACGACGACGACGACAACGGUGACUCAUCAGAGGAAGGCGGCGACUCCUCCGAGUCCAGCAGCGAGGAGGAGAGCGAGGACGGGGACGAGAACGACGAGGAUGAUGAGGAUGAGGAUGAUGAGGAUGAGGAUGACAACGACUCCGAGGGCAGCAGCAGCUCCUCCUCCUCCUCGGGGGACUCCUCCGACUCCGACUCCAACUGAUCCCAGCCAAGCUCUUAGUAACGUCCUUUGGAUUCUCGGUUCCGGUCCCAAAUCCCCCCCCCUCAAAACCUCUUCCUCCUCUUCCUCCCGCAGGCCCCCCAGUGGGACCCCCAACCCGGGGCAUGGGGGCCAGAGGGACCCCUCCACCGAGCUCACACUGUGGGGGGGGAUGAACUGGGGCCGGGGGGGCGGGCAGAGGGGGUGACACCUCAUCCCUGCACCCCCCCUUAGUGAGGGGGGGGAGCCAUUAUUGUUACUUUUGGGGGGUUUCAUUGUUUUUGGGGGGUCGCCCUGUUCCCCCCCCCCCCCCCACUGCCAGCUCUGGACUUUAUGGAAAGAAAAGGAGAAACACAGGAAAAAAAAUACACACACCCCCCCCUUUUUUUUUUUAUAUUAAACCCCCCAGAAAUGGAUAAAAACCCCUCCUCCCCCGCCCCCCCGAGCAUGAGCUGAGCUGCUCAGGACUCAGCCAUUGGGAUGAUGGCUCUUCCUCACCCCUCUGUGCACCCACCCAGUGUUUCGGGGUGUCCCUCCCCAUACAACCCCCAUUGUCGGGGUGUCCCCCCCCCAACCCCAUUGUACAGUCUAGAAGCCGCACUGGGACCUCGCAUCCACUUGGGAUCCGCAGCCACGGACCGGGACCCGCUGGGGGGGUGGGAUGGAUUGGGGGGGGGGGCGGUGCCUCUGUGUGUGUGUGAGUGUGUGUGCGGGGAGGGGAUGACACCCCCCCAACGCCAUGGUCCGGGGUCACUGCUCAGUGUGACCAAGGGGGGGUUUUGGGGGUCUCCCCCCCCCGUCUCAUAUUUUAUUUUAGUCUUUUUUUUUUUUCUCCUUUUUAUAAAACCACAAAAUUCCUUCUUUUUUCUUGCCCUCCCCCAUUUUCCCUCCAUCUCCGGUGAAGCUGCUCCUCUCCCUUCACCCCAACCUUGGGGCGGACACAACACCCCCCAGCACUCCCCUUGCCCCCGGUACCCCCAGUUUGCCCCCCCCAUCCAUGCUGUAUAUAUAUCUUGGGUUGAUGGGGGGGUUGAUGCCCCCCCCCCAGGAUGGGGCUGUGGGGACAGGGUGGGUGCACGGGCGGGGGUCCAGGUCUGGGCCCCCCCCUUCUUUUUAAGCAGACACAAGCACCAGCAAUCCCACGCCCCCCCCCAAAACAAAGCACCCAGUGCAAUUGGGGGCACCCCCGAGACCCCCACUGUAUUAGGGGGGGGCACAAGGUUUGUCCCCCCCCAUCCUGUCCCUGGAGAGGAGCUGGGCUGGGGGACAGGAUCUGGGGCGUCCCAGGGAGAUGGGGGGGGAGCAGAGAGUGGGGGGGGGAGCUUUGAUUUAACCAUUUUCCUCUUCUUUCCACCCAAAUCUCAGCUCAGAGAGUGUGGGGGGGGGGUGAGCUCCAGGUUCAGGGGCUGCCACCCCCCACUUUGCUGCUCUCAAACCCCCCCCGAGUCACCCCAAAACCCCCGGGGGGGAGGGGGGCAACACCCCAGCCUCAAAUUGGGCUGAAAACUCACCAUUUGGGGGCAAUUGAGCCCAAACCUGUGUGGGGGGGGGGAGGUUCCCAUAUGGACAAUCCCCCUGGGCCAGUGUGUGUGCGUGUGUGUCCGUCUGUCCAUCCCUCAUCUCCUUCCCAUUCCCUUCGCUUCCAGUUUGGAAUUUCACCCCCCCUCUAUUUUUAAUCCCCCCCCUUGAGGGGAAUCAAUCCCGCUGAGUGUUCCCGCCGCCGCCGUCGUGUUUUCGUGGAUGUUUUUAGUACAAGGAAAAAAAAGGAAAAAAAAAAAAACCACACAAAAAAAAAUUUCCCCGAAUCCUUUUUUUUUCCCGUUUUUUUUUCUGUUAAAAAAUCUAAAAAAAAAAAAAAAAAAGACAAAAAAAUGACGAAUAAAAAUCUUACAGCGCCGACAAUUGGGGGCAAAAGGCGUUUGCGCUGCGAGAGGAUUGAACCUGUGAGUGCAUUUUGGCACUGCCGCAAAAUCCCGGGAUCCUUUAGAGGGAAGUUUCUUGUGAAUUCCACAAAAAAAAAAAAAA